CUGAUUCUCUCUCCGUCUCCGCGGCCAGCGCUGGGCUUUUGCAGACAAGUGCAUCUCCUAACCAGGUCACAUUUCAGCCGCGACCCACACUCUCCGUCUGUCACCGGAGUCGGGCCGCAGGAGGAGGGCGGAGGAAGACGGCGGCGGCCGCUUGCCAGCCCCGGGGUGGGAAGAAGGACCCGAAAAUACUGCAGAAGUCGAGACCGGCCCCCUCCGCAGGUCGGCCCCUGACCACGAUGCGCGCCCCGGGCUGCGGGCGGCUGGUGCUGCCGCUGCUGCUGCUCGCUGCGGCCGCCCUGGCCGAAGGCGACGCCAAAGGGCUCAAGGAGGGCGAGACCCCCGGCAAUUUCAUGGAGGACGAGCAAUGGCUGUCGUCCAUCUCGCAGUACAGCGGCAAGAUCAAGCACUGGAACCGCUUUCGAGACGAGGUGGAGGAUGACUACAUCAAGAGCUGGGAGGACAAUCAGCAAGGAGAUGAAGCCCUGGACACCACCAAGGACCCCUGCCAGAAGGUUAAGUGCAGCCGUCACAAGGUGUGCAUCGCCCAGGGCUACCAGAGGGCCAUGUGCAUCAGCCGCAAGAAGCUAGAGCACAGGAUCAAGCAGCCCACCCUGAAGCUCCCUGGAAACAAAGACACCAUCUGCAAGCCCUGCCACAUGGCCCCACUCGCCUCAGUCUGUGGCUCUGAUGGCCACACUUACAGCUCAGUGUGUAAGCUGGAGCAGCAGGCGUGCCUGAGCAGCAAGCAGCUGACCGUGAGAUGUGAGGGCCCCUGCCCCUGCCCCACAGAGCAGGCCUCCCUCUCCACCACCGAUGGCAAGCCAGAGACCUGCACAGGUCAAGACCUGGCUGACCUGGGGGACCGGCUGCGAGACUGGUUCCAGCUCCUUCAUGAGAACGCCAAGCAGAAUGGCUCGGCCGGCAGUGGGGCCAACCUGGCCAGCGGGCUGGACAAGAGCCUGGGGGCCAGCUGCAAGGACUCCAUUGGCUGGAUGUUCUCCAAGCUGGACACCAGCGCCGACCUCUUCCUGGACCAGACAGAGCUGGCCGCCAUCAACCUGGACAAGUAUGAGGUCUGCAUCCGCCCCUUCUUCAAUUCCUGCGACACCUACAAGGACGGCCGCGUCUCCACCGCUGAGUGGUGCUUCUGCUUCUGGAGGGAGAAGCCUCCCUGCCUGGCUGAGCUGGAGCGCAUCCAGAUCCAGGAGGCUUCCAAGAAGAAGCCAGGAAUCUUCAUCCCGAGCUGUGAUGAGGACGGCUACUACCGGAAGCUGCAGUGUGACCAGAGCAGUGGUGACUGCUGGUGUGUGGACCAGCUGGGCCUGGAGCUGACAGGCACCCGCACGCACGGCAGCCCCGACUGCGAUGACAUCGUGGGCUUCUCAGGUGACUUUGGGAGUGGUGUCGGCUGGGAGGACGAGGAGGAGAAGGAGACGGAGGAAGCAGGCGAGGAGGCUGAGGAGGAAGAAGGCGAGGCGGGCGAGUCCGACGAUGGAGGCUACAUCUGGUAGAUGGCUCUCGGGGGGGCCACGGCAGGCCAGGGUGCCGGUGGCCGGGGGAGACAGGCCAGCAAAGACCUGGACAGAAGCAGGCAGCUUCCGCAUGGAUCCGGAAUAUACAGUUGGAAGGACCCUGGCUCCAGCGGGGAGGACUGGAUGCGUGAGUGUGCAUGGCACGUGUGCGACGUAUAUGGCCAGGACGUGUGAAUGUGUGUGAGUGUGGCAUGCGCUGUCAAGUGUGUCCUUGGUCCACACUGCUCCAAAACCUCCUUGUUGUUUUCUUUCCAUGUAUUGUUGGUUUUAAAGCACACACAUUCAGAGCACACAUACACACACCACAAGGUCAAAACUGAUGAAAUGAGCUGCCCCCUGCCAUGUCCCCAAGCCUCAUCCACCCCUGUCCCGACCCCCUUGGGUUGCCCUGAAUGGGGUCUCUUGUCUCGAUUGACAUCCUUGGCUCCCCCAGCCCUGCCUCCUCCUGCCCGUGCCUGCCCUCUCCCACCUCGCUCCGUAGGUGUCCCCACUGCAGAAGGGAGGGAAGGCAGGGAGCUGUCUGCUGGCUGGGGUCCUCCUGGAGCUGGGCUCCUCCUGGAGCUGGGUCAGUUUGGCUGGGACACGCCCACCAGCCUCUGAUGACAUGGGGGUGAUGACACCUGCUACAGUGAGCCCGUUCCCUUUGCUGGAUUCCCCAGCACUAGAGAAACUGCUCUCCUAACCCAGACCUGCGUGAGCAAGGGUGGCUGAAGCUGGGGCAGGGGAAGGCCUUGCUGCCAAGCUGCUGGGGUGGAGCAGAGUCAGGAGGAAGGAAGGGUCUGCCUUUGCAGACCUGGCGGGAGCUCUGAAUGCCAGGCCCUUCAACAGCCUGGCCCCUUCCUGUGGGCCUCAGGGUGGCGGGGUGAGGGGGGCGCUGGUCUGGGCCGUUCCCUUGGAGGCAGUGGGCCGUGGUUAUGCAGGUGGGUUCUGCUGGGCCUUGCAGGGCUGCUGCACUGCCCUUGGUCCCCUGGGCCGCUCUGGGCACCUCAGGAUGGGGCAGCAGGUGAAGAGGCUGGGUUUCAGCCAGGGGUGUGUGUGUGUGUGUGUGUGUGUGUGUGUGUGUGUGCACCCACCAUCUAGACCAAUGGGAAGGUUGUCCCUGAGACGCGGGGAAGGAGAAGCUGGGAAAAGCUCCACUUCCAUGAGCUUUCCCCAUCUCUCCUCAAGAGGAUGGCACCAGGCCCGCUUCCUUCCCUUCCCCUCCCAGCACCUGGGGUGCCCCUCUGACCCCUCGGAGGGUCCCCUGAGGCUGCUCCGGUGGCUUCUCCAGGCUCCAAAGUGUUCAGAAGUGUGAAGUGUUCAGGAGUGGUGAAGUCACAGGGGCCAGGACCGGGGCAACCAGAAUCUGAGGCCAUACCUCCCUGUUCCUCUGCAAAUCUCCUUGCCAGGCGGGAGCCAGGAUGGAUGAGACGGUGCCCCAUGUUUUGUUUUGUUUUGUUUUCUGUUCCCUUCUCUCCUCCUUCCCAAGCAAAUUUCUUAACACCCUUGGUGAAGAAUUUCUAACCUGGACCUGGGCCUCUGCUGCCCUUCUGUGCAUGGUGAGCGCAGUGCGUGUGUGAGUGAGCGUGAGUGGGUGUGAGCAGCUGUAUGCGUGUGACCGGGUGUGAGAGCCUGGGGGGGUCACCCCCCGGGGGGCCGGAAUGUAGGGAGGGGUGCCCGUGUGCUGGGCGGGCUGCUGUGGUGGGGGCCCCGGGCCGAGGCUCCCCGGACAGGGCUCCAGCCCGGCCCUCCCCGGCUUCUAUUGGACCUUCUGGAGGAACCCCAGCCAGUCUCCCCUUGUACUGCGCCCCGGAGUCAACAUCUUUCCAGUCCUGUCCUGGGGAAAAUAGCAAAACCGCAGUUAGCCCCACGAGCCGCUUCGCAUUCGGCAGCCCAGCAGCACAGGUCUAAGUGUCACGCUGUCCUAGACCCCCACGUCCGCUCCCCCCAGCCCUCCUCCCUCUCCCCACCCCCUGGCCUGGGCUCAGGCCCACCCUCUGCUCUAAGCCGCUGCCCCCCCCUCUCUGGGAGCUACUUGAACCUUCCUGCUCUCGCUAGGAUUGGAGUUUGUCCGUCUCGUCCCUCUGCCCCAGUGAGGCUUCUGGAACUGUCACUGGGAGCAUCUGUUGAGGAGGCUGGGGCAUUGCAGGGUGGGAAGGGGGCGCAGAGGAAGGGGCACCCCUCUCUCACUGUCACCCUCCCCUCCUGGGGGCACAUGCUCUCCCUGUGUCUCUGGGUCUUCUGGUUGUGCACGUUUCUUAUGACCUUGUAAAUAUGUUGUAGAAAGAAAGCAAAAGGCGCUGAACUAGACCCCGGUGGGACUCGGGGGUCCAGCCUUGCCCUGUCUCUGAAGCCCCCGCACUGCUUUUCACCCCACUUUCUGACACUGAGGGUCCCCCCUCCCCAAGAGCUAGACAUAGCACCUUGUUCCCAGUGGGCUGACAGCCUCCAAGUGACUUCUUGUCCAACAAGCUGCAGGUCUUUCGAGAGCAAAGUGGCAGGGUGGGCCUUCCCUGGCUCCUGGGAUUCCCGCCCUGCCCACCUGCCACCCAGCUGCUCCCAUGUCCCCCUGCUCCGACAUCCCCGCUCCCCUGGUUUAGGCGGGCAGUGGGAGGAGGGCUCUGUUGAAAAGAGCUCCCCACAAAGGGAAGAGCAGUUUCUCGCCUGGCCCUGGAGCUGUCCUUGGCCGCCCCGGCCUCCUCACCCAGGGGCGCCAGGAGAGAUGGGUACGUGUCUAAGAUGGGGUGGUUGGAGUCGGGGAGAACAAAUGUGCCUUGAGAGACCACUCAGAGGGUUCAGGGUGAUGGGGAAGGAGGCGCGGCAUCCGAGCUCAGGAAGGAGGAAGAGGAAGGCGAAGUGGACAGGGUAGCACGCGACAUCACGACGGCCCCCCGUUGUCCCACUGGUGCUGUGACCACUCGCGGUCGGUGGUCACACUUCCUGCCCCACGCCAGCCCACCUGGUGUUAGCGGCCACCCCUGCGCCUUUCAUGAGCUCUGUCUGCUUCCAACUUCACCUCUGAGUGGGUGGGGUCCCUUGGGACCCGCAUGGGACUCCUCCAUUUCACCAAAGCCUCACACCUCAGCCCUUGGGGAGGACGAAUGGCUAAUGGCACCAUCGUGAGGCUGUGGGCUGGCGGGGGUCAAAGGGAAGAGACACUGGGGGUACAGAAGGAGACUCGAGACGUCCCGAGGAAGUCGCAAGCAGAGCAAACUGCUUUAUAGCCUGAAGCCUACUUAAAAUUGUGUGAUGUGCAAUAACUGAGCUUAGAGUUAAGAAUUGUGUUCAAGUGCUUGGAUUUCCGUCUGUAUAUUUAAGUGCUGAAAUCGUAUCUUUCAGUAAUUUUAGAUGUCUUAAAAAAAAUCGAAAAACAAAGUGUUAGACCGUGUAUGUGCAUUGAUGGGCACUCAAGCGUCCCGUGAGUCACCCCACCCUCUCCCUUUCCCCUGUGCCCCCAGGCCCUUGCCCCCAGCCCCCCCUCCACUUGGGGACCCCGCCUCGUGUUGUCUUUAUCUGCCUAUUACUCAGCCUAAGGAAACAAGUACACGCCACACAUGCAUAAAGGAAAUCAAAUGUUAUUUUUAAGAAAACAGAAAAUAAAAACUUUAUAAACACCA